GCCAAAAUCAGCCCUACGGUGAAGUGCGUGUUGUGUGUAUUUAUGUAAGACGCAAUCGAUUGCCUUUAAAUUAAAGAAAAGAUGGAUGUUGCUGAACUCCAAACUGGUCAGGCGCAGGUCAAAGAUGAAGUGGGGGAUCGCUGUCAAAAGCUUUUUCAAGAUUUUCUCGAAGAAUUUCAGGAGGAGGGUGAAAUCAAAUACUUGGAUGAGGCUCGUGAUCUUGUCAAGCCGGAAAGGAACACGCUAGAAGUCUCUUUUGCUGAUAUUGAAAAACACAAUCACAACUUAGCCACAACUAUCAUCGAAGAAUAUUACAGGGUUUAUCAGUUUUUGUGCCGUGCUGUUCGUAACUUUGUCCGUGAUCAUGCCGAGAUUGCUGUUGAGAAGGAGUACUACCUCAGCCUUGUUGAAGUGCCUACUCGACACAAGAUCCGAGAGCUCACCACACAAAAAAUUGGGACGCUUGUCAGAAUAUCUGGUCAAGUUGUGCGGACACAUCCUGUGCACCCAGAGCUUGUGUCGGGUACUUUUGUGUGUCUUGACUGCCAGACGGUCGUCAGGGACGUGGAACAACAAUUUAAGUACACCCAACCCAGCAUUUGCCGCAACCCCGUGUGCAGUAAUCGUGCCCGCUUCUUACUGGACACAAAUAAAAGCAGUUUUGUGGACUUCCAGAAAGUUCGUAUUCAAGAAGUCCAGGCUGAGCUGCCUAGAGGCUGCAUCCCAAGAAGUGUGGAGGUCAUAGUCCGGGCGGAGGCCGUUGAGAGAGCACAAGCUGGCGAUCGUUGCGACUUCAUCGGCACGCUCAUCGUUGUGCCUGACGUGGCUUCCAUUAAUUUGCCUGGAGCUCGAGCUGAAAGCAGCGCUCGUCAUGCUGGAGGACGAGAUGAGAGUGAAGGAGUGACGGGUCUAAAGGCCCUUGGUGUACGUGACUUGCACUACCGCAUGGCCUUCCUUGCCUGCUCAAUCACACCUACCAACCCUAAGUUUGGAGGUAAAGAAAUACGUGGAGAGGAGCUCACUGCUGAGACCAUUAAGCAGCAAAUGACCGACUUGGAGUGGAACAAAGUGUAUGAAAUGUCGCGCGACAAGCACCUCUACCAGUCCCUUAUUACGUCCCUCUUCCCAACCAUUCACGGCAAUGAUGAAGUCAAGAGAGGCAUUUUGCUGAUGAUGUUUGGAGGCGUGCCUAAGACUACGAAUGAGGGAACCUCUCUGAGGGGUGACAUCAACGUUUGUAUUGUGGGGGAUCCCUCGACCGCCAAGUCACAAUUUCUCAAACAGGUGGCAGAUUUCAGUCCUCGCGCUGUGUACACUUCAGGCAAAGCGUCCAGCUCUGCCGGUCUCACGGCAGCUGUUGUUAAAGAUGAAGAAUCUCACGAGUUUGUUAUUGAAGCUGGAGCUCUGAUGCUGGCUGAUAACGGCGUCUGCUGCAUCGAUGAGUUCGAUAAGAUGGAUCUCAGGGACCAAGUCGCCAUUCACGAGGCAAUGGAACAGCAAACCAUUUCCAUCACCAAGGCAGGUGUUAAAGCCACGCUCAACGCCCGCACAUCAAUUUUAGCCGCCGCUAACCCCAUCGGCGGGCGCUACGAUCGCACCAAGAGCUUGCGCCAGAAUAUCGCUCUGUCGCCGCCCAUCAUGUCCCGCUUCGACCUCUUCUUCAUCCUGGUCGAUGAAUGCAACGAGGUUACUGACUACGCCAUCGCGCGACGAAUUGUUGAUCUUCACAGCCAUGUGGAAGAAUACGUCGAGCGCGUGUACUCCUUGGAGGAGAUCCAGCGCUACAUCAUGUUCGCUCGCCAGUUCAAGCCCAAGCUAAACAAGGAAGCUGGGGAGUAUCUCGUGGAACAAUACAAAUGCCUAAGGCAGCGCGACGCCACUGGAUCCAGCUACAGCUCGUGGCGUAUCACAGUGCGGCAGCUCGAGAGUAUGAUUCGUCUUGCUGAGGCUAUGGCCCGUAUGAACUGCUCUGACGAGGUGCAACCGAAGCACGUGAAGGAAGCGUAUCGUCUACUCAACAAGUCCAUCAUCCGCGUGGAGCAGCCUGACGUUCAUCUAGAGGAGGACGAAGGCAUUGAUGACCAAAUGGAUGUCGAUGCUCCUGAUGAGAAUACCGUUCCCAAUGGGCAAUUGGCUGCAGAAACAGCUGUCCAUUCUGAUGCCACUGAGAAGACUGGAGGAGCGGCUGCUAAGAAAAAGCUUAAGCUUUCCUACGAAGAUUAUCGCAAUCUGAGCAACGUGCUCAUUAUCCAUAUGAGGCAAGAGGAAGCCAAGCUCGAGGAGUCUCCGGAUUCGAGGGACUCAAUUUCUGGUCUGAAGAGAUCUGCUCUCAUCAACUGGUACCUCGAGGAGGUGGCCAACGAUAUUGACUCUGAAGCUGAACUCAUUGAGAAGAAGAUGAUGGUUGAGAGGGUCCUUGACCGUCUCACUUAUCACGUUACUGACUACGCCAUCGCGCGACGAAUUGUUGAUCUUCACAGCCAUGUGGAAGAAUACGUCGAGCGCGUGUACUCCUUGGAGGAGAUCCAGCGCUACAUCAUGUUCGCUCGCCAGUUCAAGCCCAAGCUAAACAAGGAAGCUGGGGAGUAUCUCGUGGAACAAUACAAAUGCCUUAGGCAGCGCGACGCCACUGGAUCCAGCUACAGCUCGUGGCGCAUCACAGUGCGGCAGCUCGAGAGUAUGAUUCGUCUUGCUGAGGCUAUGGCCCGUAUGAACUGCUCUGACGAGGUGCAACCGAAGCACGUGAAGGAAGCGUAUCGUCUACUCAACAAGUCCAUCAUCCGCGUGGAGCAGCCUGACGUCCACCUAGAGGAGGAUGAAGGCAUUGAUGACCAAAUGGAUGUCGAUGCUCCUGAUGAGAAUACCGUUCCCAAUGGGCAAUUGGCUGCAGAAACAGCUGUCCAUUCUGAUGCCACUGAGAAGACUGGAGGAGCGGCUGCUAAGAAAAAGCUUAAGCUUUCCUACGAAGAUUAUCGCAAUCUGAGCAACGUGCUCAUUAUCCAUAUGAGGCAAGAGGAAGCCAAGCUCGAGGAGUCUCCGGAUUCGAGGGACUCAAUUUCUGGUCUGAAGAGAUCUGCUCUCAUCAACUGGUACCUCGAGGAGGUGGCCAACGAUAUUGACUCUGAAGCUGAACUCAUUGAGAAGAAGAUGAUGGUUGAGAGGGUCCUUGACCGUCUCACUUAUCACGAUCAAGUGAUCAUUCCCCUGACCCGAAGUGGCCUGAAACAGUCGAGUGCCGCCACGGACGAGACAGAAGAUCCGAUGCUCGUUGUGCAUCCAAAUUAUGUUGUUGAUGCCUAACCUUCCAUUUUACAAUCCGCCUAUUUUACUUGCUGUUACGGCAUUAACGAACUCUCCCUUCAAUUUCUGAUGGUCUUUAAUGCUUAAGUUUCACUUAAAUUUAAUGUACAAAUUUUUAUACUGAAUAUACUAUAUUCUACG